AUGUCGCAGAACAUCGAAGAACGACGUGUGCCGGGCGUCAGCGAAGAGGAGCCUCUUCUCGGCGAACAGGGCGAUGCCAGUCUGCCCGAGGGGAGGCCGCUGUACAACAACCUGGUCCUCGGCACUGGUGUGCUCGCUCAGGCGGGAGCGUGGAUCAUUGUGGCCAUCGUCUGGGGAGCCAUCUUCUCCCAGAACCUCAUGCUCUUCUCCGCUCAUCCACUUCUCAACUCCUCCGCCCUCCUCUUCUUCAUCCAGGCCACCCUCGUCCUCCAACCCACCCACACCGCCAAACAGAAGAAACAAGGCACCUACGUCCACUCCGCCCUGAACACCACCGCCCUCCUCGCCGCCAUUGCCGGCCUGGUCAUCAUCUACUACAACAAGUCCGCCCACAACGGCGUGCACUUCGAAUCCACCCACGCCAUCCUCGGCCUGACCACCUACGUCCUGGUCCUCAUCCAAGCGCUCGUGGGCGUCACGGCCUUCUUCGCCCCCGGCCUGUACGGCGGCGUGGACAACGCCAAGAGCCUGUACAAGUACCACCGCAUCAGCGGAUAUCUGGUCUUGGGCAUGAUGUUGGCGACGGUGUGCGCCGCGACGACCACGACGUACAAUGUCAACGUCUUGGGCAUGCAGCUUUGGGCUCUGAUCGUCUCCAGCGUCUUGGUGGUCGCCGGUCUGCUCCCGAGGGUGAGGUUGAGCAAGUUUGGAUGGUUGGCUGGAAGGUCGUGA